CACCAGGAAGUUCCAACGCAGUCCCCUUGGCAAAACGUUGUACUCGGAAGCUCAGUGUCCCUCGUUGUCUUUUUUCUUCAUAAACAAAGUGAAACAAUCGUAUUUGAUUUGGCAGAUUAUCGUUUCAUGUGGGACUCAGCAGCCUCGUGUUUACUUUGUGUCACCUGCUUGCACUGGAAUCUGUUAUUAUCGUUGGUGCUAGCUAACAGCUAGCUACGGUUGUUUUGGUUGUUAAUGUGAACAUUAACGUCACGUCGACGUGCCUGCGCUGAGCUUUAAGUGCUACUAACGCACUUUGAAAAGUUUAUUCGAUAUAUUCCUGACGAACUAGUCUUUUUUUUAUCUGAUUGACUUCACAAAGAACAGAGUUAAUGUAAAUCCUGGGUGGUGUACCUGUUAGCUGUUUAGCUAACGUCAACGGCGGUCGCCUAGCUUUAGCUACCAGUUUAGGGACCAUUUGGUUUGUCCCUUGCCCCGAAUAGUGGACGUCUGGCGGGCUUAAAAGCUGCCUGUGAACCGGAUCCAAUGCGUGGGAUGAUGGGCACACAGACUAGUCCCGUCAAGAGUUACGAUUAUCUCCUGAAAUUUCUUUUGGUGGGAGACAGCGAUGUUGGAAAAGGAGAAAUCUUGGACAGUUUACAAGACGGAUCAGUAGAGUCUCCUUAUGCCUACAGCAGUGGGAUUGAUUACAAGACCACCACAAUUCUGCUGGAUGGGAGAAGAGUGAAACUAGAGUUAUGGGACACAUCGGGGCAGGGCAGAUUCUGCACCAUCUUCAGGUCUUACUCUCGUGGAGCACAGGGCAUCCUGCUUGUGUAUGACAUCACUAACGCCUGGUCGUUUGAUGGCAUUGACCGCUGGAUACGGGAAAUUGACGAGCAUGCCCCAGGUGUACCCAGGAUCCUGGUGGGAAAUCGUCUUCACCUGGCUUUCAAGCGGCAGGUACCGACGGAGCAGGCCAGGGCCUAUGCCGAGAAGAACAGCAUGACUUUCUUUGAGGUCAGUCCGCUGUGCAACUUCAACGUUAUCGAGUCUUUCACAGAACUUUCACGCACUGUGCUGAUGAGGCACGGGAUGGAGAAAUUCUGGAGGCCCAACAGAGUCUUCAGCCUCCAAGAUCUGUGCUGCCGCUCCAUCGUCUCCUGCACGCCGGUGCACCUCAUUGACAAACUGCCCCUCCCUGUGGCCAUCAAGUCCCACCUCAAGUCUUUCUCCGUGGCCAACGGCAUGAACGCAGUCAUGAUGCACGGACGCUCCUACUCAGUGGCCCACAGUGCAGCCUCGGGCGGUGGCAGCGGCGGGAGCAAAGCCAACAGUCUGAAACGCUCAAAGUCCUUCAGGCCUCCGCAGAGUCCUCCGACGAGCUCGUCGUCAACCUCUAAGGGGAACUGUAAGAUUUCAUAGUGAUGAGUGGACGUAUGGUUGCCAGUAUUAAAGGUGUUGUUGCUCCAAGAGGUCACAAGGCCAUCGGAGAGCACGGAGAGCCACCAGCAGUCUUCACCAGAAACGGAGAUAUAGCUGUGAACUCGCAUUGAUCUUUGGGAGCUGCCUCGGAUGGUUGGAUUGUUCUCUUACCUCCAGGGGCUCACUGUUAUCAAGGCAAACAAGAGUUCCCUGGGACGAACAGAUGUGAAUCAAGGAUUGUUGCUCACCUGUUAACACUACGAAUGAGUGGAGGGACAUUAGAUAAGCUUUCAUUUGGAAAAUGAUCGUUUAUUGUAUUUAAAGUUGUAAAUAUGCCGUGUGUGCCGUGCGGUGUUUGUUUUGGUCAGUGUGUGAUCUUGGAAAGGAGCUUCUUCUGAUUGUUUUGUCUUGAUUGUUUUGGUGUACAACUUAUUUGUGUGUCUCACGCUCUUGUCUACCUUGGAAAAUUCCUGUUGCAACCUCAACGGUGCUCAGCUACUUAUUUAAAACUCAGAUCAGUUAUUUUUUUUAAAAAUAAGACUUAAAGCUGAAAUUGAAUGUCGUGAGAAGAGCAAGGGUUCAGAAUAGUACUGGAUUUUAGAUAAAUUACAAGACAAUUGAAAAUCGUUCUUAGCCUGGCACUUCUCGAUCUGUGAAGCUGUCAAGUUUGUUUUGAGACUUCCUGUGGUGUCCCUUAAUUUCCGCCCAAAUGAAUCCACCCUCCAUCUCCACCAGUCUCUGGUUUGAACAUCUGUUGACUUUCUCAGGCCAUUUUUGCCUCUAAAUCUAAUUUGCAGGACCAUCUAUCAACCCGUUAACCCUCGGGGCUAUUCAGAGGAAACCUUAAACAAACUCAGAUGUGCACAUUGUUUGCUCAGUCACGCCGUUAUGCCUUCAGAAGGUGCUGCCGUCGUGUCUGUAGGUCCUGAACAGGAAUUUGUGAACUCACGAGUCGUUGGUGAGAGGAAUAUUUUAAUGUUAUUGCUUUUUGGAUCUUUUAUUUAUACGCAAUGUAUUUAUGAAUGUAAAACCAGAUUCAUCUGCUAUUUUGUGGUAAUAUGUGAAACUGUAAGAAUCAGAGGUGGAAGGUCACAGGGUACAUAUUGUGAUAUUCUUAUUAAGCGUUGGGUAUUACUGUAAAUUACUUCUCAUUUUCUAACCCUGUGAUUAAUUUGUGUACAUUAAGAAGGCUUUGAAUGGUUGUUUAUGAGAACAAAGUAAUGUCAGAUGAACAUGAAGACUUCUGAAAGGCUUGGAUUUUAAAUUGGAUGUAACUAAUAAUGUUUCUUUUAAUAAUUUACAGAAAUGUUUUUAAUUUGACACAGUUUUCUUUCCACCUCUGAUUAACGUGCUGUAUUUCCACUAUAAACAUUCCCAGUGUCAUGGCUUUGUGUCUGUGAUGAAGUCUUUGAGGCCGUAAAGAAUUGGUGCAUGUUUCCUACCAGCGCCUGUUUAAUGUGGUGUGUUGAGACCAGUUCAACAGAACAUUAAGCUCUCUGUGUAAACGCGUGAUGAUGAUUGUUGCUAUCAGAGCUGUGUCUCUGACGGUUUGUCUCCACUGAAACAGUCACCCAACACAAUAAAGGGUGAAGCGA